AUGUUGACUUUUUGUCCUAUCUGUGCUAAUAUUUUGACAGUUGAAGAAGGUGGAAGAGGCUAUCGAUUUGCAUGUAGUACAUGUCCAUACAUCCAUAACAUCUCCAGACGAAUUAGCACUCGAAAGUAUCCAAAAUUGAAAGAAGUAGAUGAUGUAUUAGGUGGAGCUGCUGCAUGGGAUAAUGUGGACUCUACUGAAGAACCGUGUCCAAAGUGUGAACAUGCAAGAGCCUAUUUCAUGCAGCUACAGACACGAUCAGCUGAUGAACCAAUGACCACAUUUUAUAAAUGCUGUAAUCCUCAAUGUGGUCAUCGCUGGAAAGAUUAA